AUGUACCGGCAUCUGUUUGCUUCUGCGGUGCUUCUCUUUUGCGUGCUGCUGAUGUGCGGCGGCGGUGAAGCUGCCAAUGCUGGUAAGGGAACAAAAUUGGAUGAGGUUGAACUCUUCAAACCAGGGGAAAUGGCAUUAUCCGUGGGCGGAGAGGAGAACCUUCCUGCGCUGAGCAGUGUAUUUUCGGUUAGGGGUAAUUCCCUUGUUGCCGUGGAUGGGGUGCUUGUGGCCGUUGCCGAGGCGGAACACACAGCCUCCUAUAACACUGAUGUUGCCAUCUUGGUGAGUUCCGGGGUGGAUGUGGGGAGCCACUGGCAGAAGCAAGUUGUCUUUCGCAAGGCGCCGCUGCCUCAGUUUUCCGUUAUUCUGAUCGGCUCUCGGGGAGUUGCAAAGGGCAGAAAGAUCUUCCUUUUUGUGGAGAGCUUCAGUGAGCCUGCUCGGAGGUUGAAAGCAACGGUGCCGUCACUGGAGGACAGCUGGGACGCGGUGUUGUUUGUCGGUGACGUUUCCGCGCCGCGUGGCGGGAGCCCGGAGGCCAGAACAGUCAGCUGGAGUUCGCCGAGGUCACUGAAGGACGUUUUCACCACGUAUCUGAGGCAGCAUGGAUGGACAAUUUUUCGGGCCAAAAGUAGCGGCGUUGUGCUGGGCGGCAGUGCGAUCGUGUUCCCGUUGGUUGCCACGACUGCCGAGGAGAGGCAGGUCUGCACCAUUUUUUACUCGACGGACGACGGGGUGACGUGGCGGUUUCCAGCGUCCGGUGAGGCCGUUGAGGGUUGCCACUCUGCGCGCCUGCUUGAGUGGGAGGGGCGACUCCUCAUGAUCACGACGAACGCUUUUCUACGCUACAACCUCCACGCAUCCAGCGACAUGGGAGAGACGUGGACGGCUGUUGCCGGAGCCUACUCCAACGUCUUGGGUGACUUUAUCAGCCGUGGUAGCUUUGGCACCCAAGGUGAGUUCAUGACGGCAGAUAUUGAGGGGAAGCGUGUGGCACUGUUUAUCACACCGGUGCAUGUUCGUGAGAAAAACUCGUACCAUCGUGGACUCCAUCUCUGGGCCUGUGGGAUGGGCCGCAUUCACGACGUUGGGCUGAUAGUGACGGGUGUCACCGCUGUCAACCCCUUCAGUAGUCUGCUGUACAGCGAUUCUAAGUUGCUUCUUUUCUACGAGAAGCAAGAGGGGACAUCCAGCAGUCUUGUUCUUAAGGACCUCAGUGAGUCGCUGGGGCGACUCAGGUUUGCCCUGAGGACUUGGCAGGCCGUCGACGCGCGCGUCUCGGCGGGGUUAUGUACCUCCACUUACACAGCCGCCUCUUCGCUAGCCGUGUGUGUCGGUCCGAUGCCCACAGCCGGGCUGGUUGGUUUUUUGUACGACAAGGGCGACAGCGCUCACUGGGGCGACGAGUACCUUGGCGUGAACGCCACGGUGGCCGGCGCCGCGGAGAAGGUUCAGAAUGGCUUUAGGCUCACAGGGUCUAGCGCACGUAUUGUGUGGCCGGUGGGCACUGAAAGGUGGAAUCAGCGCUAUCACUUUGCAGACCGUGGGCUCACCGUUGUGGCGACGGUGACUAUCCACAAAGCGCCGAGGCGCCUCACUCCUUUGUUGGGCGUGGGCGUGGGCGUGGGUGUGGGGGGGCGUGGGUCCGUGCAGCAUUUGAUGCUAUGCUACGACGAGGGCAGACGAUGGGGGCUGAUGCACAAAGGAGUAACGGGUGGGUACGCACUUGCUUGGGAGGAGGAUACGGCGUACCGGGUGGCACUCACGCUGCAGCGUGGCGGCAGCUCCGUGUACGUUGACGGAGAGCAGGUGGGCCGCUUUGAGGACGUGGCAGCAGCUGCGAUGGAUUCCCACGGCAGCUUGCAAUCGCACGAUAACGCGCCACUGUCACCACGCGAGGAAAUCUUUCAUCUCUGCUUUGGGGACCACGAGGACAGUCAGGAAGCUACUGACGGGAACGAAGUGACGCUGACGGGUGUUUUUCUGUACAACCGGCUGCUGAACGCCACGGAGCUGAAAGCACUCGUGAAGGAGAAACCCGCCCCUCCGGCGACGACAGAAGCGCCGUCGACCACGGCCCCUCCAGCGACGACAGAAACGUUGUCAACUACGGCCCCUCCAGCGACGACAGAAGCGCCGUCGACCGCAGCCCCUCCGCAGGUCAAGCACGACAGCUCCGUGCGUGGGUGUGGGGCUGCGGUGCUGCUGCCGCUUCUUCUGCUGGGGCUGUGGGGCGGCGUGUCGCUGGUGUGA